AUGUAUUGUUACAGUGACGGGGCCGACAAGCAGAGGUUCUACGAGGUGUCGUGCAAGCCGGGCGUCGAGGGCAAGCCGUGUCUGUUCAUGGAGCGCAAGCUGCACGCUCACUCGACGUGCGUGCAACGGUAUUCGUAUUCGUACGCGAUCGUGCGCGAGGAGAACGCCCGGCACCACCACGGCGUGAGCAGUGGACAGUACAACAACAACGGCGGCAAGCAGACGUUCCAGUCGCUGUUCCCGAACGACAACAACGUUUGGAAAUUGGAUUACAUAAAGGUGCGCAGCGGGUGCGCGUGCAUGGUGCAGACGCCCAAGAAAAAGCAACAAAAGCAGAGGCGGAAGAACGGCGGCGGCGGCGGUGCGGGGGGCAGCAGUGGCGGCGGCAAGAGCAGGUCGCAACAAUGA